GCCAUAUUUGUUUUGAAGCCGCUUUUGUGGAAAGAACUCUUAUUUUGUGAUUGUGUGGUGUUGAAAAUAAAUUGUGCAUAAAAAUUCAGUGCAAAUUUUAACGUGUUUUUAACAAUUUUCAUAUAAAAAACUUAAUUAAACUAUUAACCAUGGCAUCGGACGAAGAAAAUGAAGAGACUUUUCAGGAAGAGGAAGAUGCUUUAGAUGAAUCAGCUCAACAGGCGGAAGUAUCUAAUGAUUCGGAUGCACCUUUAAAACCCAAUAACGACGAGGAUGACGAUUACGAUCCCGAAGAUACUCGUAAAAAGAAAAAGGGCAAAAAACGCAAAACCAAAAAAGGAGAAGAAAAGGGACGCAAGAAAAAGAAACGCAAGAAGAAUGAAAGCGAAGAGGAAAGUGAUGCCCUGCGUGACGAAGACGAUGCUGAUUUCACAACAACUUCUUCGUCAUCAAAGCGUGGACGCAAGCGUAAAGAUGCCGAUAAAGCCAACAAGGAGAAAGAAGCUUCAGCAUCGGGCAUGCCCUCGGUAGAAGAAGUAUGCUCAGCUUUUAACGUUACGGAUGUAGAUAUAGAAUAUUCGGAAACGGAUUUACAAAAUCUAACCUCAUACAAGGCUUUCACUCAACAUGUUAGACCUAUAUUGCAAAAGGAGAAUGCCAAAGUACCAGCUCCUAAACUUAUGAUGCUGGUCGACGCUAAGUGGCGCGAAUUUUGUGAAGCACAUCCCAACUUGUUAACCGAACAAGCUAAAAGCGAAGAGGCUGAAGAACCCAGAUCUUCUCGAUCAUCAAGAAAUGAAAAGCCUGAUGAUUUAUACGAAGAAGAGGAAGAAGAGGAGGAGGAAGAAGAAGAGGAAAAAGAAUCUUCUAGUGGGCGUCGCAAGCGUGGAAAUAGAGGUCGUGGCAAAAAAGGCAGACGUUCUGGCAAGGUUCCAACAUUAAAAAUUAAAUUCGGCAAACGUAAACGCGGUAGUUCGGAUGAAGAUCAAGAUGCUUCAGGUGCAUCGGAGCGAGAUUCUGAUUUAGAAUUCGAAAAAAUGUUACAGAAGUCUGAUGAUAGCGCCGAUGAUAUUCCCACCACAUCGUCAGCAGCAGCCGCUUCAACUAGUGCGGCUGACGGUCAGGCAGCCACCAAUGAAGAUGGUACACCUGUUGUUCGGAAGAAGGCUAAAGUUAAAAUUGGCAACAAGUUCAAAAAGAAGAAGAAGCUUAAGACCACAUCUCGCUUUCCCGACGGAGAAGAUGGUGAGCAUGAACACCAGGACUAUUGUGAAGUGUGCCAACAGGGCGGUGAAAUUAUACUCUGUGACACAUGUCCACGGGCUUAUCACUUGGUGUGCUUAGAACCCGAACUAGAGGAGCCACCAGAAGGAAAAUGGUCUUGUCCCCAUUGCGAAGCCGAUGGUGGUGCUGCUGAAGAGGAGGAUGAUGAUGAACAUCAAGAGUUUUGCAGAGUUUGCAAAGAUGGUGGAGAAUUAUUGUGCUGCGACUCUUGUCCUUCGGCAUAUCACACAUUCUGUUUGAAUCCACCGCUGGAAAACAUACCUGAUGGUGAUUGGAGAUGUCCCCGUUGCAGUUGUCCACCGUUAACCGGAAAAGCUGAGAAGAUCAUUACUUGGCGUUGGGCAGAACAGCCGGAAUCAAGUUCGAAAAAGAACAAAAGUAAAAUACGUGAAUAUUUCAUUAAAUGGCACAACAUGUCCUACUGGCAUUGCGAAUGGGUGCCAGAAAUUCAAAUGGAAGUUCAUCAUCCUCUAAUGAUCAGAUCAUUCCAUCGCAAAUACGACAUGGAAGAACCACCCAAAUUCGAGGAAACCUUAGAUGAAGCUGAUUCCCGUUAUCAACGCAUUCAACGACACAAAGCUAAAGGCGGUAUACAGGCAGAGGAUGAAGAUGAAUCCUAUAAAAAGGAUUUGGAAGAUCGUUUCUAUAAAAAUGGCGUUAAGCCAGAAUGGUUGAUAGUGCAACGUGUUAUUAAUCAUCGCACAGCUAGAGAUGGCACUACAAUGUAUUUGGUUAAAUGGCGUGAUCUGCCAUACGACAAAUCGACAUGGGAAGAUGAAUCCGAUGAUAUUCCUGGUCUUAAACAAGCUAUCGAUUAUUAUUUGGAUCUAAGAGCUAUGUGUACAUCUGAACAACGUUUGGGUAAGAAGAAAAAGGGACGCAAGAGUAAAGCUAAAGAGGUAGAAGAUGAAGACCGUCAAGUGAGACGUUACACUCCACCACCAGAAAAACCCACUACUGACUUAAAGAAGAAGUAUGAAGGUCAACCACCAUUUUUAGAGGGCACUGGCAUGCAAUUGCAUCCCUAUCAAAUUGAAGGUAUCAAUUGGUUGCGUUACUCUUGGAGCAAUGGCGUAGACACAAUUCUGGCCGAUGAAAUGGGUUUGGGUAAAACUAUUCAAACUGUAACGUUCUUGUAUUCCCUCUACAAAGAAGGCCACUGCAAAGGUCCCUUUUUAGUAGCCGUACCACUUUCCACCAUUAUCAAUUGGGAAAGAGAAUUCGAAUUGUGGGCUCCCGACUUCUAUUGCAUUACCUAUGUGGGUGAUAAAGAUUCUCGAGCUGUUAUACGUGAAAACGAGUUAAGCUUUGAAGAGGGUGCCAUUAGAGGCGGCAAGGCUUCUCGCUUGCGAACAACCCAAUACAAAUUUAACGUAUUACUCACCAGUUAUGAGUUAAUAUCUAUGGAUGCUGCCUGUUUGGGCUCAAUAGAUUGGGCAGUUCUUGUGGUCGAUGAGGCUCAUCGUUUAAAAUCGAAUCAAAGUAAAUUUUUCCGUAUCUUGAACUCUUAUAAUAUCGCCUACAAGUUGCUGUUGACUGGUACUCCGCUACAGAACAACCUAGAGGAAUUGUUCCAUUUGCUAAACUUCUUGUCACGUGAUAAAUUCAAUGAUUUGAAUGCUUUCCAAAACGAAUUCGCCGAUGUCUCGAAAGAAGAACAAGUUAAGCGUCUACAUGAAAUGCUGGGACCACAUAUGUUGCGUCGUUUGAAGGCUGAUGUCUUAAAGAAUAUGCCCUCCAAAUCAGAAUUCAUUGUAAGAGUUGAAUUGUCGGCCCAACAAAAGAAAUUCUACAAAUUUAUUUUGACUAAAAACUACGAAGCUUUGAAUUCAAAAAGUGGCGGAAAUUCUUGUUCUCUUAUUAACGUGAUGAUGGAUUUGAAGAAAUGUUGCAACCACCCUUAUCUUUUCCCUUCGGCUGCUGAGGAAGCCACUACUACGGCAGGAGGUUUAUAUGAAAUAAAUUCCCUGACAAAAGCUGCUGGCAAAUUGGUGCUACUUUCGAAAAUGCUGAAACAAUUGAAAGAACAAGGCCAUCGUGUAUUGAUUUUCUCACAGAUGACAAAAAUGUUGGAUAUUCUGGAGGAUUUCCUUGAAGGCGAGGGCUAUAAGUAUGAACGUAUUGAUGGUGGCAUUACUGGCAAUUUGAGACAAGAGGCGAUUGAUCGUUUCAAUGCUCCAGGAGCUCAGCAAUUUGUGUUCUUGUUGAGUACACGUGCCGGUGGUUUGGGUAUUAAUUUAGCCACAGCAGACACUGUUAUUAUCUACGACUCUGAUUGGAAUCCUCACAAUGAUAUCCAGGCCUUUUCGAGAGCCCAUCGUAUCGGUCAAGCCAAUAAGGUUAUGAUCUAUCGUUUUGUCACACGUAAUUCGGUAGAGGAAAGAGUUACUCAAGUAGCCAAACGAAAAAUGAUGUUGACACAUUUAGUGGUAAGGCCGGGUAUGGGCGGUAAAGGAGCUAAUUUCACUAAACAAGAAUUAGAUGAUAUUUUGCGUUUCGGUACCGAGGAACUCUUCAAAGAAGACGACAAAGAAGAAGCUAUUCAUUAUGAUGACAAAGCCGUGGCCGAGCUACUGGACAGAUCUAACAAGGGUAUCGAAGAAAAAGAAUCCUGGGCUAAUGAAUAUCUUUCAUCGUUCAAAGUGGCUUCUUAUGCCACCAAAGAAGAAGAGGAGGAAGAGGAAACUGAAAUCAUUAAACAAGAAGCUGAAAAUUCUGAUCCUGCCUAUUGGGUUAAACUGUUGCGUCAUCACUACGAACAACAUCAGGAGGAUGUGGGUCGUACUUUGGGCAAAGGUAAACGUGUACGUAAACAAGUCAACUAUACUGAUGGUGGCGUAGUGGCGGCCGAUACCACACGUGAAGACACCAACUGGCAAGACAACAACUCAGAAUAUAAUUCUGACUAUUCUGCCGGUUCGGAUGAAGAUGGAGGCGAUGAUGAUUUCGAUGAACAAAAUGGCGGUGAGGGACGUAAAGCACGUAGACGUGUGGAACGCCGCGAUGAUCGCCCACUUCCACCUCUUUUGGCACGCGUUGGUGGCAACAUAGAAGUACUGGGUUUCAAUGCUCGCCAACGUAAGAGUUUCCUCAAUGCUAUUAUGCGUUAUGGCAUGCCACCCCAGGAUGCUUUCAAUUCCCAAUGGUUGGUACGAGAUUUGAGAGGAAAAUCGGAACGUAAUUUUAAGGCAUAUGUUUCACUAUUCAUGCGUCAUUUGUGUGAACCCGGAGCUGAUAAUGCCGAAACAUUUGCUGAUGGUGUACCCAGAGAAGGUUUGUCUAGGCAACAUGUUUUAACACGCAUUGGCGUGAUGUCAUUGAUACGUAAAAAGGUGCAGGAGUUCGAACACAUUAAUGGUUACUAUAGUAUGCCAGAAUUGAUUUUGAAACCAUGCGAACCAGUCAAAAAAGAAGAAGGCAAUGAAAAUGUAGUCAAACCAGAGGAUAAGAGUGCCACUACCAGCACUAGUGCCACACCAGCUACAAGUGCUGCUCCCAGUCCAGCACCAGUUUCAGAAAAAGCUGAUGACAAAUCUGCGGCUGCAGACAAAAAUGACGACAUUAAAAAAGAAACGGAAGUCGAAGAAAAGAAAUCUAGCGACAAAGACGAAGAUAAGAAUGAAGAAAAACCAGAUGUGUCAGCUGAUGUUAAGGCGGAAAAAUCUGAAAAAGACAAAGAUUCCGAAACGAAGGAUGUUAAAUCCGAAAAAUCUGAAGCCGCUGACAAUGCUGACGUUGAUAAAUCCAAGGAAGAAAAAAAAGAAGUCAAGGAUGAAGCAAAAAAAGACGACAAAGAUUUGGUUAAACCCAAGGAAGAUGAUGAUAAACCUACCGAAAUCAUUGAUGACGAUGAUGAUGAUGUUCUUAUCGUUAAAGAAGAUGGUGAAGUCGAAAAGCCCAAUAGUUCCAUGUCUUUGAAUAAAUCAGCUGACAAGGAUAGCAACAUUAGCAAGCCCAAGAUUGAGGAGAGCUUAGAAGUAUUAAAACGUAAAUUUAUGUUCAAUAUAGCCGAUGGUGGUUUCACUGAACUGCACACCUUGUGGUUGAAUGAAGAAAAGGCUGCUGUUCCCGGCCGUGAGUAUGAAAUUUGGCACCGUCGUCAUGACUAUUGGCUGUUGGCGGGUAUUGUUACACACGGUUAUGGCCGCUGGCAGGAUAUACAAAAUGAUAUACGUUUUGCUAUUAUCAACGAACCAUUUAAAAUGGAUGUUGGCAAAGGAAAUUUCUUGGAAAUUAAAAAUAAAUUCUUGGCUCGUCGUUUUAAGUUACUCGAACAAUCUUUGGUUAUCGAAGAACAGCUUAGAAGGGCAGCCUUCUUGAAUUUAGCUCAAGAUCCUAAUCAUCCAGCCAUGUCGUUAAAUGCACGCUUCGCUGAGGUUGAAUGCUUGGCCGAGUCUCAUCAACAUUUGAGCAAGGAAUCAUUGGCUGGUAAUAAACCAGCUAAUGCUGUUUUGCACAAAGUACUAAAUCAAUUGGAGGAAUUAUUAUCCGAUAUGAAGAGUGACGUUUCACGUCUACCGGCCACAUUGGCACGUAUACCACCCGUUGCCCAACGUUUGCAGAUGUCGGAGAGAUCUAUUCUUUCGCGGUUAGCUGCUACAGCUGGAAAUGCUAGCAAUGCCGCUCAACUAAUGGCACAAUUCCCUGCUGGUUUUCAAGGCACAACUCUACCAGCGUUUACUGGUGGACCAGCUGGCAACUUCUCCAAUUUCCGGCCUCAAUUUUCGGUUCCUGGUCAAUUGUCGAAUAAUACUAGCGGUGUCAAUCCUUCGGGAAAUUAAAUUUAUCUAAACAACACACACACAUACACACUUCUAAAAUAUGAUACUUUAUGAGUUUUAGUUUCGUAUUUAUUAAUAUUUUAAUAUACAGACAUACAUACAUAUAAAAUAUAUAAAAUAAUAUUUUAAAUAUUUGCACAAAUUGUGCAAGAAAUUUUACAAUAUUUUACAUACUUAUUAUAUAU